AUGGCCGUGAAUGGCGUCUAUAUCGUGUUGGGUGAGGCGAACACUGUGGUCGCGUUGCUGAACAAAGCUAGGAGACAGUAUCAACUUUCUCAUCAGCCACCCACUCUUGAGGAUACAGAACCACUUUUGAGGAACUUCGCAGACCUUAAAGAAGUUCUCAAUGAAGUCGCUGAUCUGGGUGAUAUGAAUCCGCUCACGUAUUUAUCUCCAUUCUUGGACGUCAUAAAGGCACAGAAUACUAAUGGACCUAUAACCGAAGCAGCGCUAUCGUCUGUAGCCAAAUUCCUGAGUUAUGGAAUGAUAGAUGCAAAUAGUAUAAAAGCGGCAAAUGCUGUGGAAUCCGUAGCUUAUGCAGUAGUACACACAAAAUUUAUCGGAGGCAAAAGCAGUGGCAGUGAUGAAUGUGUGCUUUACAAAAUUUUACUGGUUCUGCGGUCUUUAUUGCUUUCACCACCCGGUGCGCUGCUAUCCAAUGAAGCAGUGUGUGAUAUGAUGCAGUCGUGCUUCCGGAUUGUAUUUGAGCAACACUUGUCACCGCUACUGAGAAAAGCUGCUGAAGCAACUCUUAGUGACAUGACACAACUGAUAUUUACGCGAUUACCUACCUUCCAUGAGGAUGCGAGGCAUCCUUACAUCAGAAAAUUGGUAAGUGAGCAAUUAUGGUCUUUUUGUUUUUGUUGGUUUGUCUUUCCUCUUUCACUAAAUUUUGCAUCUGUUUUUGUUACCCUAAUUUCACGCUUAAAAGGCGUACCUUUUUUCGAUUUUUUAAGCGAGUCGCUCAGCCGCUUCACUGUGAUUCGGAAAGUGUUUGGAAAAUGA